CCUAAAGUGCCCAAAAAGUUCAGUGUAAAGACGAUGUCUGUUUAUUUGUCUCGUCUACUUGAUAUCAUAAUUGUAAUUAUAUAGAACUCGUGUAUGGAGUAGACCUUCACAUAUAUUGAUUAUCGCUAGGCUAAUAUUCAUGGACUAAAAACGUAGAGUGAACCCGACCGGUGCUAUGACCCAGUUUCGUCCCAUCCUCGGUAGCAGUCUGCUUUUACGCGAGCGAGGAGGACACAGAGCCAGAAAUCAGCAGUUCAGAAAAUCAAGAGAUCAAAAUGAUGAUGCUGCUCUCGAAAAGGGAUUAAACUGAAUAAAUCUGUCGUCAAUGGAAAAUCCAGCGUUCAUUGGGUUACUGUUCCAGUUUUCUGCAGUGAUGUUUUUGUAACCAGGGCAUUUUCUCCAGGUUUUUCCGUCAGUUCUAGUCGGCACGUAGGUUCACCGUCUCCCCAACAGAAUUGACUGUUGGUGAGAACGGACCAAUUUGUGCUGACAACCGAGGAAGAGAAAGGGAGAGAUGCCGUUGCUGAGCAGCCGUUGUGAAGCUUGACUGAUCAUGAUGAAGACCGAUACCUCAUCUUCCAAGAGCACCGGCUCUGGUUCGACGCUGAGGAGCCCAUCCCCGCACCGAAACGCAUACGAGGCGGGGAUACAGGCGUUGAAGCCUGUGAAGGACAAUGCUGCAAAUGGCGAUUAUAUGCAGGAAGGCCCCCGCGGCCGCCGGAGCUACGGCUCCAACGUGCACCGUAUCAAGAACAUGUUUCAGCAGAUGCAAGGCCCAGGGAGCACAUCUCCCGGCAGGGAGGGGAGGGGGGAGGACCUGGAGAAGACUACUGAGAGGGUGCGUCUCUCCCUCCCCAGAGCCGGUAGCCUGAAUGAGAAUGUGGACCACAGCGCCUUGCUGAAGCUGGGAUCCACUGUCUCAGAGCGGGUUAACCGGUUCAACCCCAAUGCAAAAGCAGAGAACGGGCAGGCUCCCCUAGCCUCAUCACCCAGCUACUCCAAGCUGCAAGAGACACGGAAGAUCUUUGAACAACAGCAGGCGGCACAGCAGCUGGAGCGGGAGAAGCAGGCCGCUGCCACCAACCGGGUCCUGCUGAAGACCGAGCGGACCUCUGGCCUGGGCUUCCAUGAUGGCAGGCUGGACGUGGUGGCCCGGUUCAACGGCAGCACAGAAUCCCUGGACAGCCUGGACACCACCGAGGCCGUGUCCCCCACUGUCUCCCAGCUCAGCGCUGUCUUUGAACGGGCCUCAGAGCUCCGCAACAACCUGCACCGCCUCUCCUCCACCCCUCCACUGCCCUCCCGGGGGGUCAGCACCAAGGUGGGGGUGCAGCUCAACUCCAAAAUCAUGUCCAAGAGGGCGAACCGUGCUUCUGCCCUCCCAACUGCCAGCCAGGAGGAGGAGGGUGGUGGGGGGCGCAGCCAGAGGGACAUGGAUGGGCCUCCCAGAAGCCUCAGGGCUGCCCCCUCAUCCUCCUCCACCUCCGAUGGCCUGAAUGGAGGGCAGAAUGGAGGCCACAGUGGCCCGACACUCCCCAAGCCCAAAGAGGGCCGGGAUAAGACUGGAACCCAGGCCAAAGCUGAAGGCCAGUCUGAGGAUCACUCUGGUGACCAGGAGCCCAGCAGCACCUUAGUGAAAGCUGACAUCCACCACAUCUCUCUGGAGAAUGGGGAGAACAGUACAGAGAGCGAGGCCCAGGUGAGGGAGACCUCUCCCAAGGGCACUAGCAGUGAGAGAGGGAGGCAGGGUGGAGAUGGAGGGAUGGGCCAGGGGGGUACAGCGGAGGAGGGAGAAGAGAGAACUGUAAAGGAUCAGUCAGGGGGAGAACAGGUAGAUAUCAGAACGUACAGCGCAGUGGGGGAGGACUCUGGAGGGAGCCAGCGGGAUGAGGAAGAGGAGGAUGAAGAUGAGCCGUAUGAGCCUGAGUCCAGCUGUCAUGAGAAACCUGGUCUGCCUGAGGAGGAGGACCCUCCACCCAGCCGGAAGAUCUGCUUCAGCACGGGGCCUAUCAAGGUGUUUGCCACCUACCCCAACGAGGACUAUGAUCGUCGGAAUGAGGACGUGGACCCCAUGGCUGCGUCUGCAGAGUACGAGCUGGAGAAGAGGGUGGAGAGGCUCGAUCUGUUCCCCGUCGAGCUGGAGAAAGAUGGGGAUGGGCUGGGUAUCAGUAUCAUUGGGAUGGGGGCGGGGGCAGACAUGGGCCUGGAGAAACUGGGCAUCUUUGUCAAGACUGUCACCGAUGGAGGAGCAGCGCAUCGGGAUGGCAGAAUCCAGGUGAAUGACCUGAUAGUGGAGGUGGAUGGGACCAGUCUGGUGGGGGUCACUCAGACCUUCGCUGCCUCCGUCCUCAGGAACACCACAGGCACUGUCAAGUUUCUAAUUGGUCGGGAGAAGCCGGGCGAGCAGAGUGAGGUGGCCCAGCUGAUCCAACAGACCCUGGAACAGGAGCGCUGGCAGAGAGAGGUGAUGGAACAACGCUACAGCCAGUACAUGGACGACCAAGAGGAUGGUGAAUAUGGUACUGAUGAGGAGGAGGAUGAGGAGGAGGAGGUCAGCCCCACGGAGCCGUCUGCCAUCGAGGUGUUUGACCUGGCUGAGAACGAGGACAUCUCUCCCCUGGAGACGGACCCUGAGAAGCUGGCCCAUAAGUACCGGGAGCUUCAAAUAAAGCAUGCUGUAACACAGGCAGAGAUCCAGCAGCUGAAAAGAAAGCUGAACCAUGCAGAGCAGGACAAGCAGCGCUGGCGUAUGGACAAGAACCAGCUGGAGCAGACCCUGCAGGAGAACAAGGAGCGCAUGGAGAAGCUGGAGGGCUACUGGAUGGAGGCCCAGAGUCUGUGUCAGGCUGUGGACGAGCACCUGAAGGAGACGCAGGCCCAGUACCAGGCUCUGGAGCGCAAGUACAGCAAGGCCAAGCGCCUCAUCAAGGAGUACCAGCAGAAGGAGAUUGAGUACCUGAAGAAGGAGACUCAGCGCUGUGUACAGGACGGGGCCGAGGCAUCACUGAAGGAGGAGUCAGGACAGCUCCAUGAACAGGUAGCGGAUCUGGAAUGCAGGGUUGAAGAGCUGAAAUGUGAACCUUUAUAAAAGCCUGGUUUCCUAUGUCUCUUCAACAACAUGAAGUAAAGAGCAGGAUGUUAGUGUGUUUGCAGUGGACCCAGGGUAUUUCUUGCCUCAAACUUUAGUAUUUGUUUGCGGUUGCAUACGUGUACCCUCAGGCUUUGUAUUGCUGCAUAUAAUCUCUUUAUCUAACAACCCUUUUAAUCCUGUUUUGUUGUUUGUUUUGUGAAUAUUUCCCAUCUGUUAAUAUUGCCAACUGGUUUGUCUGAUAGUUUAAUCAACCAUUUUCUUAACAUUUAAAAAAAUACUGGCAAGAACUUCUGUGGAGCUCUAACCGUUGCUGUUCCGUAUUUGGCCAUUUGAUAGAAAAUAGUGUUUGAGUGAAUUAGAAAACCAGGCUUUUGAUUUCAAUUUGCAAAAACAAAUUCCUUUUCUUUAUUUUGUGAUGUUUUAUUUUCUGGGAUUGUCAUUUUACAGCUGUAAUACUGUGUGGUUUAUCAAACAAAGUUUGGUUUGUAUAUAUUAUUUUAUUAAUACAUGUAAAACAUUUAACAUGUAUGCACUAAUGGAGUCAAGAGUUGGUGCAUAUGAUAACUUAUGUGAUUGAGGAAGACGUGUAAUUGUAAAAUGUUGACACUGGAGAAGAUGUGGAAUGAUUGUGUUGGUGCUUCACUGGAACAUAAGAGAAUACCGUAGGUUAUCUAUCCAUCUCCUUCUACAAUUAGAUCAGCAAUCCAACCUUUGCAGGGGUUUGUCACUCAACUUCAGUCGACUGCUGCCUACCUCUGAGUUAACAACCGUAGAGCAUGUGUAUUGUUAGCCAGUCAACUCCGCUAUCCAGUAAUGGCUACUGAUGCGAUUCAGUAAGAGCAUAGUAAACCUUCAGUAACAACCCAUUUCUUAAUAAGUAACUGAACUUACAUAAAAUAACUCAUUGUAAAAAGGACCAGAAGAGAACGUUUCCAAAUCUGCUGUGCUACAAAGGGAUAUGGACAAGAUUUGAAAUCGGAUUUAUUUUUUAUUGUGGAUGUUAUCAAAGAUGUGUUCAACACUGACUGAAUGGCAGACACAAGAACUGGUGAUGGAAACACAACUGGUGCAUGUUCAUUAGAAACCAAACAGAAUAAAAUGGACUGAAACAGGGAAGGACUAGUCCUAUCUGGACCCUAAUGAACACAACCAUGGACUUUGAUGGUGAUGAAACAUCACCAGCAGCUAUUGUGCACUCCCCAUUCCCCUGACUGUAGCACAUGGAAUCACUGCCAGGUAGUAUUCACCUGCUUCUUCAGUUUGGAGGGAAACUUACUGUAAAAAGCCUAUUUAUGUCAACUCUCAUACCAGUGUGUUUGUAUAGUUAAGAUGACUGAAAUAUUUGAUUGUUUAUAUGGUAAACGCCAUAUGUGAGGUAUUGGAUUAAAGCUGGUAAGAUAAGCAAUGGAAACUGUCUAGAAUGGAUAUUUGUUGAAUUUCGGAGGCAAGACCUGGGUGAUUUCACAAAGACAGUGUUGGAUAAUUUUAUGAAAUGAAGAAAUAUCUCAUAAGCAUGUUAUGUAUUUUCAUAAGAUUUUAGGCUUGUACAGGGCACAUGCUUUGCAUUAUGUUUUGUGGAAUAAAUGGUGAACCGUGAUAA